GUGGAAACAGAACCAGGAUUGGAUUGUCCCUCCCAAACUAUUUAAUAGGAAUUAGGUUUGCGUCCGCUAAUCUACUAAACCCUAAACCCGACUAUUUGUCUUUCAAGUGCUCCAAUCAAACUUGACGAUGACGAUGGCUCGUAGCAGCAAAGGAAAUUCUUUUACCGUGGUUGAUUGGUCGAGUCUUCCUCAAGAACUUGUUAUUUCUAUCGCCAGCCGGAUAGCUUUAAGCCUUUAAUGGAGGAUUUCGUUGCUUUUGGUACAGUGUGUAAAUCAUGGGGAUCGGCCGCGACCAAGGAAAACUUUACUAGUCGAUUAACACAUCAAGUCCCAUUCCACAUGCUCCCCAACCCAAGGACAGAUGAUGCCUUUCGCGAGUUCUACAGCUUGACAAAAGAUAAGAUUCACAAACUCCAUCUGCCAGAAGCCAAGGGAAAAGUAUGUUGUUCGUCUCUAGGAUGGCUCAUCACUUUACAUAUGUUACGUGAUAAAAAAAAUUACUAGAAUACAAUUGAAAUUACACGAAAGAAACGAAGAAAAUUCGGUGAAAAUUUAAACCACAAACAUACAUGCAUAAAAUACCACUUUGGUAAAUAUCAAUGCGCUAUUAACAAAGUUUUUCAUAUCAUGUUAAUGUAAUAAAAAUUUUAAAUACAACAACAAGAAAUUUACUAGCAUCAAUCGUUCAUGUGCAUAGUCAUCUUAAAUAAAAAACGCAAUUGAUUCGGCAGCUUCCCCUCAUUUUAGCUACGUGCAACUAGGCCCAAUACGGAAGCCCACUAGUGAGUGCCCAUUUCUUUUUUACCUCAACGCACUUUUGUAUCUCCUGACUACGAGCACGAACAUUUGAAAAUGGUACCCUCUUUUCCCUCCCACCACAGCAAACUUCCUCAAUCUCAGCUUCGACCAAAGCAGCCCAACAAGAAGAUGAAGCGGCAGACGCUGCGGUGGUGCGGCACCUAUGAGGUGGGCGGUGGAUACCCAGAUGACGUAUUGGGCGCGAAAGACAAAGACGGAACUGCCCGAGAUCUAGGCAGCUCAAAAUUAGAGACUGCCAAGUUUGAAGCUUUUCUCAGAGGGGGUGAGCAGGUCAUUUCCGUUCUUGAAGAGAUGAUCGUACUUCUAUUUACUAUCUGGAAGUUGCUUGCAUUCGUUUUGAAAUUGGUUUUGCGAAAAUUGGAUUAUGCAGCUGUUUAUCUCUUUGUGCUCUCUGCGAAAAUUGGUAGGUACACAAAAAAAUAGAGGUUUCCCACUUCCAUUUCACCUUUACAUAUACCCUAACUUUAAUGUGGAUUUGGACUACCCUCAUGGAACUGAGCGACGAGCACACACUGCCCUUUAAAUAUUAUCAAGUUAUAAACAUCACCACAUUCUAUCAUUUCUCUACUUUUAUGUCACUUGGGGAAAAAAAAUAUAAUCAGCAGAUUUCCCCUUCUUUGGGGCUUUCUUCUGUCAUUUGGUUUAUUUGGGAUUUCUUGGAACUCCUUAAUGUUUUUAACUUACAAACCUACUGGCCUUGGUCUUUUCAUGGUUUUAUGCAUUAUUAUUUUCUUCAAGUUUGAAUCUCUACUUCCUCUCAUUUAGUAAUAUUGGAGCUA